AUGGAAUUUCAUCAAGUAGAAAAAGUACCAAAACCAAAUUUGAGAAAGGGAUUAUGGUCACCUGAAGAAGAUAAUAAGCUCAGAAAUUAUAUCCUUAAAUAUGGUCAUAGCUGCUGGAGUUCUGUUCCCAUUAAGGCAGGUUUGCAUAGGAAUGGAAAGAGUUGCAGAUUAAGGUGGAUUAAUUACCUAAGACCAGGAUUAAAGAAAGGUGUUCUUAGCAAAUAUGAGGAAGACACAAUUAUGACCCUACACCACAUGUUGGGCAACAAGUGGUCUCAAAUAGCACAACAAUUACCAGGAAGAACUGACAAUGAAAUAAAAAAUUAUUGGCAUUCAUAUUUGAAAAAGAAAGUGCUCAAAACUAAGGAAAUUGAUCAAAUUCAAUAUGCUAGCUCAAGUUCAAAUACAAUGGAUUCUUUACCAACACAAAAAAAUACAAUUGAAGAACCUAAUAAUUUAUUAUUAGAAAACUCAUUACCAAAACUUUUAUUUGCUGAGUGGCUUUCAUUGGAUCAUGUAAAUUCAGAUGAUUAUUUUAUCUUGCAAAAUGGCUAUGAUCAAACUUCAAUUUUUCAAGAAAAUGUUAUGCAAUUGCCACAAGGAAAGGUUGGUGAAGAAGAGUAUCAUAAUGAGGUUUAUUUUUCAUCACAAGUUCAAAUAUCAAAUCAUGUGGAUGAAAAUGAAUUGGUUCAUUAUAUCAACAACAAUGGAAUGUAUAUGUGA